AUGCCCCCGCCGCCGCCCGUGCCUGCCUCGUAUCCGAAACCUUACCACCUCAACGGACCGUCCGCAGCCUCCUCCCCGGGCUCCAGUCCGACCGCUUCAAGUCCGAAUCGACCCAACUACCCUUCGACGUUCAACGGACCGUCCAACCCCGCUGGCCCUUCAAGACCAAGCGGAGCUCGAUCCUCGCUCUCGCAGCAUACUCGACGGCCUUCCAGGGCCGAGCGGUACGAAACACUCGUCGAGAACGCGAGAGCACUCUACAAAACUGCCUCAAGCGGGACCGAAGCACCCAUUGCGGAAGGGAAUGUUGGGUUGGGAUUCGAAGAUUCGCUCCGUCAGCAGGAUGGGUUCACGAUCGAAGAAUGGAGGGAUACGGUCGGCGAUUUGCUCAAGGUCGUGGAUGGGAUGGUACGUUCUGGCAUCGGAGAGGAAAAGUUGAACACCCGAAUGCGAAACCGAUAUCGUUCCUCACAUUGAACCCCCCAACACAGAGUCGGCAGUUGGCGACCCAUGACGAACUCGCAGCACAACUCAAGAUCGCUCAAUCGAACCUGACGCUCGCCGAAACGCAUUCCGAAUACCUCGAAGAAGAACUACGACGGAAGGAAUCGCGUCACUCCGCUUCGUCGACUAUUGCGUCGACGGUCGGGUCCACCAGCCAGGUUUCGAUGGUCGGCGGGGUCCUACCGCAUCGAGCACAUACCAUCUCCUCUCAUGAGGGGCGACACGAGAGCAACGGAGCUUCCUCAUUAUUUGGUGGCUUUGUCAACAACCUGCCCGGGAGCGUGUCGAGGGCUCGAAAGCAGACGCCGAGCGUGAGCAGCAACGCGAGCGCUCAAUCGAACGUCCCGACCAACUCGCUCUUUGCUGGGCAUUAUCGAUCCUCAUCGGCGUCACCCCAACCGGGAGACCUGACCAACGGCGACUCGCGAUCUUCGGAAGAGCGCAUCGAUCGCAACCACCUCCCCACCGACGUUUACGCGCUCCAGAACCAAGUCGCUUCGCUCGACCAAGCUCUCGCUUCCUUGCGCAACUCCAACACCGGUCUUCGGAAAGCCCACGACCAACUCGCGCUCAAAUGCGCCGAAUUGGAAAAGACCAAGGAGGAUUUGAUGGGCGAACUCGAGUCGUUGAGCGUCGAAUUGUUCCAAGAGGCGAAUACGAUGGUCGCUUCUGAGCGCAAGCUUAGGGCUGCGGCAGAGGACGAGGUCACGAGGGUCAAGGGGGAACUUGCGAGGUUGACGAGUGAUAUUGACGAGUUGAGAAGAGGGGCAAUGAUGAGGUCCGGAAGUGGGACGGGUCUAUCAAGUGCGGCUGUUGGGGCUCGACCGGGUUUGCCUGCACGAGCUGCGACGGACGAGGGCUAUGACGGCCGGGCGACACUUAAUCCCAUCCUCACCGACACACCUGCGGGUCUCAGUCCCGAACUUAAUUCGCCCCAACUCGAUUCAGCAACGUCCAAAUCAAAAUGGUACAGCUUUGGUCGCCCCUCUUCCGCAGCGGGCAAGAAGGCCCCCACCCAUCGAGGUACGGCAUGCGAUUCAGAGAACGAGGCGCAGUACGCGAUUGUAUCGCCCCCAGGAGCACUUGGCCCUCCUGGUCCGGCGCCUGGCAUGCUAAGAGCUGCAUCAAAUAACAGUGUCGUCUCGUUCCCGAGUCCUCAGUCGAACUACACUUCGGCAAACGAAUCAUCACCUCUCGUUGGGUCGUCCGAGGCGCAGCUCUCUCGACGUGGAGACGAGAAGGGGCCCAGUCGAGGUUCGCCUAUGAAUGGAUCGGCUUCGACGUUUGGUGAUGGAGCGGGUUCUGAUCGACUACGAGCACCGCAAUCACGAGGAUCGUCUGCGACGAACUAUCAGCCCCAUGAGCCAAAUUCAACCGACGGGCUGAAUGCAACCCCCUUUGCGCCGAUCCAUUCGACCUCGUCGUUGGCAACACGAGCACCCCGACCAAUACCCUUGCACGAACCAGCAGCGCGAGAAUUGGGUGCCGGUCGACCCGUUGCGAUCUAUUCCUUCGAAGGGGAGAGUACGGCCAAGUCCCCUCGCACUCCGAACGAGAUGAGGUGGAAGGACGCAGCGAAGGAGAUCACUUCCCCCAUCUUACCCUCUUCAUCACCCUUGGCGACGAACGCCCCGACUUUCCCGGAUGUACCGGUGAACCCGUUGGCGAACGCGCCAGAGCUGGACGAGGCGCCUAAGACUACGAUGACUCGAGUUAGUCAGAUCCCUCUUUCGGGUUCUGCAUCCCCUCAACAUAAUGAGGUUCCGAUCGAGUCAGGGCAAGCGGGAUUCAGGCGUUCACCGGCAAUCUUGAAGCUUGACACGGCAGAGGGGACCACCUCCUCGUCAACUUCCACCGCGACGUCCUCGGCUUCAUCCUCCGUCGUACCAAGCCGAAGCUCGAGCGGCGACUUCCACAGCUAUCCCCUUUCCGCCCGAUCGAAAUCCAACGACCCGCGACUCCUCGCUUCUUCUUCAUCAUCCUCCCCCUCAAACCACCUCAUCAACCCCACCUCAACCCGCGGUUCCAACCCCAACAAACCCGUAGGGAACACGACUCAACGUCCCACCUUCUCCCGCUCAGCGUCCCACGGUCCUUCGUCGAACGCAUCGACGUCACCACAUACGUCCUUCCGCUCCGAUUUACCAACCUCAAUUUCGAAUUCCUCGUUAGCUUCAACGUCAACUUCGAACCGAACGGUGGAGGAACUGGAUGAUUUGAUGAGGAAUAUCGCGGAUAUGCAACUUUGGGUCGACGAGUUGAAUGGUGCUGGUGGUGGUACAAGUGGGACUACUACGGGUGUUGGGGAGGGUACGAAGAUGGGGUAA